AUGUCAGGGUCUGCGUCUGUCUGCUCUAGAUUUGAGGAAAAUGAUAGCUGCUUCUUCAGGGCACAAUCAUCUGCGUGCGACGAUACAUAUUCUGAUCGCUAUGAUGAUGCCAGCGCUGGAUGGGUAGUCAUUUGCGCCAUACUCAUGUUCUUUAUGAAAGCAGGGUUCUUGUAUGUCGAGGAAGCAUUUGCAAGAAGUGAGCCAGUUUUUAGGAGGCGAGUUGUGCUACUGAAAUAUAUUGACAUUUUUGCUGGUACCAUCUCCUUCUGGUUGUUUGGCUAUGCCAUUUCUGGCAACACGACUGGAAUCUUUAUUGGAGAAGAUCAGGAUUAUAUUUUUUGGUUUUUUCGGUUUACUUUUGCUAGUAACACAGCUACUAUCAUUGGUGGUACUUUGGUUGGUUCAAAGGUACAAUUAAGGGUCAUGGGAGCAUUCGUUUACUCAUUUAUAAUGGCCGGGAUCAUACAUCCAUUGCUUGCUCGUUUUUUCUGGGCAGCUGGUCCUAGACAGCCCCUGUUUGGCUCACCGUAUCGAUACUGCAAUGGGACCUACAUUUAUGAGAGGGAUCACCAAUAUUUUACUAUAGAACCGUCCGAUAAUCUUCACAGCUUUAUAUUCAUUGAUUUUGCUGGCUCUGGACUUGUUCAUUUGUGUGUAUCAGGUGAAUUGUUUGCAUUCAACUGUGGUUCAACUGAGUCCAUAGCUGGUAAGGCCAAUCAUGCAGCUGUUGGAAGGACGGCACUGACAAUGAGCCUAGCAGCUGCUUCAGGCGGACUGACUCAAGUCGUAAUCUCAGGAUUGGUCCAGCUAUAUAAAAGAGAUGAGAACUACAACACUAAUGAAAUAGCUAAUGCUAUACUUGCUUCACUUGUUGCAGUUACUGGAUGCUGUGUCUUCAUUGAGCCACCUUUUGCUGUAUUGAUUGGAGGUUAG